AUGGCGUGCCCCUUUUUGGAGGCCACCGCGAAAGCCUGGAACGGUAGAGGCUACGAAUGCUUCCUGUGCAACCGCGAGUUCCGCUCGCUGCAAUCUCUGAACCAGCAUCUCGGCUCGGGUGCUCACCAACGGGCGCUGUAUCAUUGUCCGCAUACGAGCUGUCGUCAGGACUUCAAGACACUGGCCGCUUUCAUCAACCAUUUGGAGAGCGAGGCGUGCGGCUUCAUGCGCUUCUCCAAUGUUCAGUCCAGCAUCAAGGGCCUUAUCAGCGGCGACCGUCUGCUUGGCUACUGA